CCACAGAUAGUCAUUCCAAGUGUGGUAGUGUGCAGUGACGGUCGUCAUGACAUGAUGUAUUGGUUUGUGAUUUUUGUGUGCUUCUGCGCAGGAGUCCACGCCUCUGGAAAUUCACUAAAAGAUCCCUUCAUUUGCGGACCACCUACAUGCGCAGAAUCUGUAAAGUUCAAGUAUCUGACACCAGUAAUCUAUCGGUAUCAGUACAAAGUUGGUGUCGAGUCAUACUUUGCUGGUUCAAGUAAUAAUCGGUCAACUUUAGAUGUAUCAGCUGAAGUAAUAGUGCAGUUCUAUAAACCCUGCGAGGGUCUGCUGCAGCUGGCUAAUGUCAUACUUAUUGAUCAAGAUGAAAAUUAUCCAGUGGAAAGGGCAGAAAAGUUUAUUCACGCUGUCUCUCUCCAUGAUCUCAGGUUUUCAUUUCAUGAUGGCAUCAUAUCAGAGAUAUGUCCCGAUGAGACGGAGGAGGAUUGGGUCCUUAAUUUUAAGAGGGCCAUACUUUCACUGUUUCAAAAUAGUAUGAAGAGAUUUGAUAUCCAUUUUAAUGGUGUUGAGCAAGACAUACAUGGUACAUGUAAUGUGGAGUAUGCAGUCAGGGGACAAGAGAACACCAGUCUAAUAUUAGUGAAGACAAGAGACCUUUCACAGUGUACCAACAGAUACAAGUACUUGUCAAUAUUACAGACUGUUCGCUACAACUUCCAAAGUAAAUUCCAAACAUGGCCGGUACUGAAGUCUCAGAGCAAGUGUCGUAUAACGGUGGACCAUCACAUCUACAAAGCCAUCAGCUGUCGCGAGCGCCAUCUGUUCGAGCCGUUCUCGGGGCGAAACUCCGGCGCUAUGACCACGGUGGUACAGGAUCUCGUGCUGAUGAGUGAGACAAACAGAACUGGGUCUGAUUCUAUACAGACUAAUGAUAGAACUUGGUCGCAAAUCCAGAAGCGUUCGAACAUAUUCCAUUCGCACUCUCCGUACUAUGGUCGCACCAACACAGGCGAAGUUAAGUCCGCAAGAGAUGUGCUCAAACUGCUGUGUCUUGUAAAGCCUCACACGGAUGACCAGCCAUCGUCUGUGGACGACAACAUGGACAGCGGGUCAGUGGUGGGUCUGUGGGGGCGGCUGGUGCGCGCGGCCCGCAAGCUGCACCACCCCGCGCUCGCGCAGCUGUUAGCGCGCGCGUCCGCACUCUGCCCCGCUGCCAACAAGCACAUCUUAGACGCGUUGCCGUACGUGGCGAGCCCGGGGUCGGUGGAGCUGAUCAAGAACAUGAUAGUGGAGAAGCAGGUGGACAGCGAAACAAGACACGAGUGGCUCAUGUCCAUGGCGAUGAUACCCAGACCAAAGCUAGAAAUGUUAAAGAGUAUGCUGGAGUUGUUACAAACUGAGAAGUAUGACAAAGUGAUAAGUUUCACAGUAUCAUCUAUGGUGCACUCAUAUUGUAAACACAGCGGGAAAACACUUCAAGAGUGCUGCGAAGAAGAAAUACCGAAGCAAAUUUUGGAGACAUUCCAAUCAAUAGUCACUGAAAUUCAAGACAAGGAUAUCCUCAACGCACCCAGAGAAGAGAGAGACCAUCUAGCGAUUGCCAUGAAAGCGCUAGGCAACAUAGGCGGUUUCGGUCAGGAGUUUGCGGAGCGCCUGCUGCGUAUAGCGGGCGACCCACUGUUGGACGUGCGUGCACGCAUCGCCGCUGUCGACGCCUUCCGACGUACACCUUGUACGGAUACUAGGGAGUUCUUCCUGGAACUGUACCGGCACCACGCCGUGGACGUGGAGGUGCGGGUGUCGUCGUACCUGCAGGUGAUGCGCUGCCCCGACCUCGCCACACUCCGCAACAUCUUCCACACGCUGCGCAACGAGCCCGUCAACCAAGUGGCAACAUUCGUAUGGAGUCACCUCAACAACCUGGGUCAAUCUUCGCUUCCGUCGCGUGUGGAGAUACAGGGCCUGCUAUCUGGCAACACCAUGCCGCAGCUUGAAGACAGUCCAGACUUCAGAAUGUUCUCCAGAAACUACGAGGAGAGCGUGUUCUUCGAUCAGUAUAACGCAGGUGGCAACUACGAGGCAAACGUGAUCUUCUCCCCGGACUCGUACAUCCCGCGCUCCGUGUCUUUGAAUCUCACUAUUGACAUGUUCGGUGAAUCUAUUAACUUGUUUGAGAUGAAAGGACGCGGCGAAGGAUUCGAAACCUACUUCGAAGGAUGGUUUGGUACCAACGGAACUCUAAACAAAAAUAAAAUCGCUGAAAAAAUUACUGACAGAAUCAGUAAAUUCAGGUUCGCGAGAUCCGCAAACGAAACGGAGGAUAUCCGAGCGAAAAUCGACGAUCUUGGAUACGAAAACAAUGCGCUUAAGCACCGUUAUCCCAUGGCAGAGUUGAGUUUCAGAGUCUUUGGAAACGAAAUAUCGUUUUGGAGUGCUGAAGGUAAUGAUGAGAUACAAAAGUCACUACAACGAUUAGACCCUAAAUUGAGGAUUUUGGAGAUUUUAUCGGGAAAAGAAAUAUCCUACAACAAAGCGUCUCUAUUCCUCGACACCACAUUCUCCGUGCCCACCGGGUGUGGUCUGCCUCUCAACAUGAACCUCAUGGGGACCAGUUACGUGAACACCAAGAUGGCGGGCACCGUGGUCGACAAGUUCUCGAGGUCCGGCAACCUGGACUUUGAAGGGAAGAUUAGUCCUAGUGUGGCAGUAAGCGUAGCGGCUACUAUGAGCGUGAACGCUGACUCGCUAGCAGCUAGUGGCAUAAGACUAUCCGCGCGACUGUACACUGCCACAGCGGUAGAGGCCAAGCUGGCCGUACGAGGCAUUGGACUGGUGCGUCUAGACCUGUCCCUACCUAGGGAUAAACAGGAGAUAUUCGCUGCCAAGUCUGAGUUGCUAGUACUGCACGGUGAAGAGGAAAUACCACAAAUGGGCCUGAACAAGAAUCGCAUAGAGCAGAACACCUGCAGCUGGUCGGCCUUCGACAAGGCCAUCGGCAUCAAAGUCUGCGCUGCCUACCAGUUCCCGAACAUGACGAAUCUCCGCGACGCGCCGUACUUCUUGAUGAGCGGGCCGGCCAAGUACAUCGUGUCGCUGGAGAAGGCGGACCGCUCGGCGCGCACGUACUCGUUCCGCUACCGCUGGGACCGCAACGCCACCGCCGACGUCCUUGACUUGUCCUACGACACGCCCGACAGCAAGGAGAAAAGAAUGUUCAAUGCGCACCUAAUAUUUUCCAACACAUCGAGCUUAGCAGAGCUGACAGUACAGUCCUCUGAAAGUACCAUCAAGGCGAAGGGCCAAUACCGGAACCAGCCCUACGAUAAGUCCCUUGAAGCUGUCCUCAACAUCGACGGCAGGAAACAGUUCGAUACCGUCAUGUCCUUUAAACGACAUGAUAUAAAAUACGGGUACGUGUGGGUACCGCACGCGUACUGGGUAGUCAACGAUGAGAAAAUCGCUGAGCUGUCAGGAACAUGCAAAGUAAAAUCAAAAGGAGGCGUCACACAAUGGGACAUAAACGCAGACUUUCAAACGAAACAACUGGCGAGUCGGCUCAUUGGAUAUUACACCGUAAACGGCCCCACACACAGCACAAAGUUGCAGCUCGACUACCAGUUCUAUAAGAACCCGAAGCAGACGAUCAAAGCCGAGGGGGUAUAUAGCGAGAGGAGUAUGACGUUCAGACAUGAUGUAUACGGGGAGCUUGGUAUGGAGUUCACCGCGUACCCCGUGUAUAACUUCUAUGCGAUUUUGCGGAAUGUGAAAUCCCAAAGCCACUACGACGUCGGAUUAAACGUCAGCUCGUCAAAGGAGAACAAAGCGGACCCGAGUUUCCUCUUUGUAUUCCAGAGAGUGGACAAAAUGACUGGGCUUAAACUCAACACGGCUAUGUCGCUGAAAAGACCCAGGCCGAUCAUAAUGAAGUUGGAUUAUGAACAGACAGGUCCAAAGUACUCCGGUUCAGCGCUGCUCAACUUCAACCCGCGCUCUCGGCCUAUAGCGAUAUCGGGUCACGUGUUCGCGCCGCCCGGGACGCAGCUGUACAUAGACGCGGAGCUGAACGUGACGCUCCCUGCGCUACAUCCGGCCAACGUGCGGGCCAAGAUACACGAGAAACGACCUAAUGAUUUCCAGGUCAAUGCUGUAGGCAUGUGGUUUACUGGUGUGGACUUCAACAUAGACGCCGUGUAUCAAGACCAGUCCAAAACCAAUAUGGCGUCGCACCGACUGAAAGUGCUGAUCAACAGCAGCCAUUUCAAAGAUGUAGCCGUUGACGCGAGAUUUACUCAAGAUAACCGCCAAGUUACUUUUAUAGCUGAGGGUGAAUACGACGCGGACACGUACAAAACUCUAGUGCGGUACAUACUGAUAUCGGAGCAGAACUUUACCACUUACGCCGAGGUGGACAUCGGGGAGCGCGUAUACAGCCUCAACCUGAACGCCGACCUCAACAACAACACUGACGUUAGCAUGGACCUGCAUAUCGACCAGUACCGUGACGUGCACGUAGUAUACCAGCGUGCGGUGACGGCGCAUCAGAGGCGUCUCAGUGCGUCGCUCAACUGGGACGCCAAUCGGGACCCGUCGCAGAAGAUCGGUAUUGACGCCAAGUUGGAUCACAAGGGGGACUGGAAUCACGCUGGCGAUGUUACCCUGCAUUAUCCGGGGAAUGUGGUGAAUGCGGAGUUCGAGUUCUUGUUGAAAAACUGGUACCUAGAGUGGCUAGUACGGGGCGGUUGGGCUGGCGGGUCGGCGGCGGCAUGGCGUGUGCGUGCGUACUCGCGCGCGGCGAACCAGACUGAGUACGCGGUACACUCCCACCUCACCACGCCCUUUGACGGCUGGCGGGACAACAGCUUGGAUAUGAUGUGGCGAUACCAGGACAACAUGCAGUCAAUAAACGGCAGUAUGAAAUGGCAGGAGGAUUUCCUAGCGUUUGGUCUGCUAGCGGACUAUCUGAUCAACACUAACAAGUUCUAUGGGGAGAUCAACGCGUCAGUCAACUCGACCAUACCGACGCUGCCCAAAGCAGCCGCCAUUGCCAAACAUACGGUUAUUUGGAAGAAGAGUGCUGAUACACUGUUGAGUUUUCAGUAUAAUGAAGACGGCUUGAUGAUGAUUAAUUCGUCGUGGGCUAUUGACAGAGGACAGAACGAGAAUAAUAUCACCGGUCGGGUCACCCUGCAAACUCCGUUCCAGGGCUAUACAAAAGGUUUUCUCCGUACUGCAUUCGUACUGGGUAACAAGCGAGACAUAAAAGGCGUCACAUACCUGGACCUAGAAGAUAAAGUAGUCAACAUUUACGUCAACGGUCACAUGCGGCGCAUAACCAACUGCAUGCUAACCGUCAACAUCAGCAGUCCGCUGCCGCAGCUGGCGGAGACGACCGCGCGGUUCGGCUUCGUGGAGGCCGACCGCCAUCUUGUCGCCAUGGUGGUUACGCCCUCUACAACUACAGGUAUCGAAGUUCUUUUAAAGCUGACUUCCCUGCAAGACUUUCAAAUAUUUGGACACGUCGCUCUACCCAUAGAGUACUUAAACCGAGCGAUGAUAACGGCAAGGCGAGCUACCGAAGAGGUGGAUUUCCGAGUAGGAUGGGGUGCGAUGGACUUCGGUGUGACGGGCAUUUGGCACUAUCGCUCGAUACUCAACUUCGUUUACGUUUACAAGUUGUAUACUCCAUUGGAAAACUUCGAAGAGAACGGUCUUGUACUUAAAAACGUAUACGGCAAUGGACUCGAUACCGAAUUAUCGCUUAGGCUCUCCAAACACAAGUUCGGCGUAGCAAUACUCCUAGUGGACGCAGGCAAAGGUCUAGUAGAGGUUAUUCGGGACCGGCUGCAGAAGAAACCUUCAAACCCAGAUAUGAUAGUAGACAACUUUGACACUUCUGCCAAUAUUGUUUUGGAUACUUUAUACUAUCCUACUAUCACUUUCCACGCACACUUGAUGAAGUUUGUAGGCCCUGACGAAGAAGACAUUAUAGAAGCGAAUGCAACACUCCAUUUACCCGAGAAACCACCUAUUGUGCUGACAGAUGUUUUCAUUCUUGAGGAAUACACAGUAAUGAGAAACACCCUGAACUUAGUGACUCCGUUCCAAGCUGUCAAGGAGCUGAAGUCCGUGUAUACAGUGGACAUCACUAUUGGAGAGAAGUUCAACGUUACAUGGGUCGCACUACUUUACAAUGGGACAUAUUGGCAUGAGAUUUCCUACAAGACGUUCUACAUGAACGAGAUAGGGGAGGACGAUGCGUACCGCGCGCACUUGGCGUCCGUGGCGGUAGCGACACCGCUGGCGGUGCUGCCGGCGCUCGAGGCGCGCGUGUCCGCCCGGCUGGAGGGCGCGCUGUGGAAGCUCGCGGCAGACCUCGCCAUGCCGUCGUUUAGCGUCACGUCGAGAGCGCGCCUCGAGUUGGAUGACCCAUUCGUGGAGACGUCUGGCAGUCUGAAUCUAACAUCGCCGUACCUCGAGGACUACUUCAUCAAGAUGGAAUUCAAGAAAGAUUUCUCUGACCUUGAGAAUGUCCUCGGUGGUGGUAUACAAAUAGAACAAGGCGAUCAAAAUAAUUAUGUAUUCGCCGACGUGGUAUGGCGACCGCCGCCGUCCCGCUACAUCCGGUUCAAAGCCCGCGGUGCUCUAGUUCCGGUUCUCUCCCCGGCGGAAACAGCCCUACUGUACAGUGAAGAGAACAAUCAGAAAACCCUGACGGUAGACUUCAACAGCGAAAACAACUUCUACUCCCUGAAGGCUGAUCAGUGGCCGUCCUCUAUCAGCGUGACUCUUAGUAGUCCACAUAAGGGUCUAAGGGCAAUGAAAAUCCUAGGAGAAUUUGAAAAAGAUGACAUUAGAGGCUCCUUUGUGAGUGAUACCCUGGAGUACAGCAUAACUGGAAAAGUUAUCAAUCGACAACCUUUAGAGAUGGCCCUAACACUCGUCCCCAAGGGCCAAGGGCAGCCCAUAUCGGUGCGCGUGAAGUUCACUGCGGACACAACCACAUAUGGCGUGUCCGCGCACGUAGCCGAGCCCGUACAAGCAACCGCGCACGCACGAGCGGACUUCCAACAGAACUUCACCGAUAUAUCCUUCAAGGUCGAUUUGCCCAAGAUGAAGGCUAAGGAGAUAUACAUAAAGUCUCGCGUAGACAUGUACCCCGGUCUGCGGCGCGUAGUGAGCGUACAGGCGGCCACGCCCCUACAGAAACUUAGCUUUGUUAAGGCUGACGCUGAUUUUAUAUUUGGACCGAAAACAGGUUACUUAUUGUGUAAAUACGAACUACCAGACAUGAAAGGUGAUGGGGAUCUAAAGUGGAGUUUCCUUCUACAAGAUUUGUUUAUUCGAGCUUUAGGUAAACAGCUGGUAAAGCAAAUACACAGGAGCAUAGACUUGGACAUAUUCUUCGGCAACGAUACUCUGCCCGAUGGACUACCUCGGACCAACGCGGGCUUCAGAAUGGACUUGGACCAUGUGUGGCAAAUCGGUGGUAACGCAUCAUUCGGUCUCGCGAUGGACCGUCGUAUGGCGCUCGCUGUCAACGCAAUACUCCCUCGACCGAACAUAGACGUGCACUCGUUGCGUGUGGACGCGAGAGCCGCAGAGGCGUCGCGCCCGCUCGAGCUGCGUGCACUGUACACCACGGACAAGACAAAAAUUCGAGCCGGUGUCACUGCAACGGUAUUACAAGGCCUUGAAAGUUUCGACGGUAACUCGACAAUAACAUGGACGUCAAACUCUGCGUACAAGAACGUGGACAACUUAGUCUCUUACCGCUGGGAAGGCAACUACUCCAAGUAUCUCGACUAUGUGCUGAACACGCCUUACUAUGUCGGCCAGCCCACCUUCUCCCUUAAGGGCUCCUACCAGAAGGAUUUGGUCCACCACUACGAUGUUCUCAAGGGUAUGAUGUAUCGCCCAGGCAACAGUCAAAUAGGAGAGCUGGAUCUUCGCUACGGAGGUUUUAAACACACUGACGGACAUUUCAACUUCUCAACACCCUUCCACACUCUUCCAUGGUUAAAGUCUAUAUUUAAUAUAAAUAAUGAAGAAGAAACGUCUGACAACAAAGUAGACUUGUUCUGGCCGAACAAAACUGCGACCAUAAACACGACACAUAAGUACCAGAAACAAGAGAAAGGCUUCACGCAGACUGGAGCUAUUUCUAUGUCUAUUCCAUUGAACACUAGCCAUUUGGUCAACACGGAGUACUACUAUCUGGAGGGCGACAAAACAAGUAAUGGAAACGCGACGAUUGACUUCGAUAACGAAAGAUUCGUAAAGAGUUCGUUCAAUCAAGUUCUGAGUAAGAGUGAGAGGAAUCUGGACCUUGCUACUAUGGAUAUAGAGGUGGAAAACGUGCACACACCUGUCGGAAUUAAAUACAUCCGAGAAUUUGAUGAUACUGGCAGCAUUGACGUAAAACAAGCAACGAUAUUCCAUCUCCACAACGCGACGAAAUUCAACGUGACGGGCAAGUUGGACGUGCACACGUACGAGAUCGGGAAAGUCAUCAAACUGACUGCGAUCCAGGGGAACCGUACCUGGAAGUUCGACAACAAGUACGAGGCUGUUGACAACGAGCUGAAGCAGGGAUCGAAAGUCACGUGGGCCGAGGAUGUCUGGAUCAAUUAUGACAUUCACGUGACGAAUUUGAGUGUGGCGGACACGGAAUCCCAGCGCGCGGUGCUCAGAGUGAACUAUCCUCGACGCGAGUUUGCGCUGACGGGCGAGUACAGUCUGCAGGACGCGUCGUUGGAUGCGCACGCGCAGCUGUUGUGGAACGUGCGCGCCGAGAACAACACGGCGGAGUUACGUGCGCGCUGGGACAGCCCGCCCGUACCCGAGGGUACACGACACGAUGUGAAGUUGGCGUUAUCGCAUCCGUCCUUCAGAAAGGACGUAACACUAGAAGGACAAUACGUGUCAACGCCUUCGGUCAUGUCGAACUUAUCUCUUGAGUUGCAAUACUCGGACUACGAAAACGAAUACUUGAAACUCAAGUCCAUUCUCACUGACAACUCUAACGGCCCAAUACGAGACUACAAGUUCGCUCUCAAGUGCACGCAUCCUUCAACGAGUUUGGACCUUGAUAUGGUAUCAGAUGUGAACUUACAUAGCCGCUGGUACAACCUAUACAACUACUACAGGUUCCAAAAGACUAUGUUCUACGAGAAGUUGAGAAGCAACAGGCUGUUGGUGGAUUUGAACAACAACUCUGUUAAUUGGGAGCGUCAAAACGAAACAUACUUCUACAAAGUGAAUGGGUCUUGGGAGCUGACGUACCCGCACUACCGCGCGCGCGGCGUCGUCGUGCGUCCCGACGCCAACGACACCAUGUACGCCGAGCUCUCCAUGCGAGACAAGGCGGUUUGGGCGCAUUAUAAUAGUACGGACGACAUCUCAUACCACACGAUUGGAAAGAUCAUUGACACGCGAUCAGCGAGAUUGGACGCGUGGCGGAACUACGAUGACGUCAUAACUGUGGAUUUAGCUUCGUACGUGCGUUUAAACCACUCGCGCCUGCUCACUAGCGCCGUGGUGUGGCGGCCCGAAAUGUUUGGAGAAGCUAAGUCCCAAGCCGUCUACGUACUAAAGCUGUUAUAUUCCCAAAUAAACGAAACACUAGUCAUAGUCAAGGAAGCGCCCAUGGAAGCUCACGUCGCUCUCAGAAAUAUCUGGAACGACGCAAAACCGCGAGUCCGCGAUUUCCUCGACGAUUUGAACGAUAUGCACGUGAUCAAGGACGAUUUAGACGAGUUUGAACGAUUCCUGAACGAGUCGUACGACAAUAACGACUUUUAUGUAAAAGAUAUCGUAGAGUUUACGUACUAUGUUCUCGACGAGAUGGCUAUAAGGAACCAUUUGGAGAGUCUUCCAGGAUUUGUCAAUGACAUGUGGGGAAUGAUGGGUAACACAAGCAGAUCCAUCAAACAGAGCCUAACGUUCGUAGUCGACUCAAUUAAAGCGUCGUACUCGAAUUUCCUGGAAUCGAUUAAUAAAAUACUCGAAGCGGAUUUGAUGGAGCUCGUAUCGGAGAAACUGGAGUCCAUGAUAAUGCAGUACGAUAACUUUAUUCGGCAUCUUCAUAUGAAGUUUUUGGAGUACUGGGAGGAGACCUGGGUGAAUGCUACCACUCGGCUGUCCAAAUAUUGGCAUGAUCUACUUAAGUCCAUUGAACCGCUGUUUUUUAAGGUCGUACAUUAUACUGAAGGUUUCGUUGUGACUAUAUGGAAGGGAGUGAUGGAUUUCUUCCACGAGAGAACGGCUGAACUGACUGAUACACCAUACUUCAAUUACGUAUCGACUUUUGGUCAUGAAAUGGAUCGAAUAUACAAAGAUCUAGUGAACAACGACAUUAUAACAAACAUAAAGAAAUACUCCAAGAAACUGUGGAACGUGGUAUGGGGUAAGAUAGAGAAGUAUUUACCAUUCACGGACGAGUUCAUGCAGCUCUAUAACGAGUUUAAAAACGCCUGGGAAACAUUCCUCAAGACGCCACAAGUGGAAUACGUCAGGGCAAAGUACAACGAGGCAUAUGAACGUCUAAAAUGGUGGUAUGAUUACUUCCUAAUUGGCGAGUCUUGCGACACCGUUUGGGAGAUCCUAUACGCCAAGCUGACAGAUUUGGCCAAGACAGCGCUGCAGUAUGAAGAGAUCCACCGCACACCGAAAACCAAUUUCAUCUUCGACCCGCGCAAAGGCGAGAUCCUCCUAGAACAGAAGCUGCCGAUGUCCUGGCACGCGUUCAACCAGACCCCGGACUUCAGUGAAGUUAGCGAGUACCGCGCCGUGCGGGACACGCUCGACCAAUGGCUGACGAGCAACAGGUCGAUAUGGGCGUAUUAUUACGAGAUACGUCCAUAUCUCGACCUCAACAACGUCAUACCGCCGUUUGAUGGUAUAGCGAUCGUGACAGCGGGCGGCACCCUAGUGACGUUCGACAAGGAGGUCAUAACGGUGACGCAAGCGGGCACGUACUUACUGACGCGCGCCGCAAACCAUGACAACUUCACUGCGCUGCUCGAUGCUGCGGAGCCGGGCAGAUACAACGUGUUGCUGCUAUCUAGAAGCCAUCUCAUAUCUAUAGACCUGUAUAAACAACAAGUGACACUGGACCGCUCGGUGCCGCUGAACCUGCCGGCGGCGGUGGACGGGCUGGUGGUGGACCGGCAGGGCGACACCAUCACGGUGGAGGGCGCAGCCGGCCUCGCUGUGGAGUGCCAUCUGGUGUUCCGCACAUGCAAGCUACAGGUGUCCGGUUGGCACUACGCCACUCUCGGCGGUCUGCUAGGGACGUACAACAACGAGCAAUUUGACGAGCACAAUCUACCUGACGGCACUUCAGCCGCGACCGACGCGGCGCUCGCGCGCGGCUGGGCCGUCGUCCAAACGGAUAUGAACGCAACCGUCAUGCAGACUGUCGACGAGACGCAGUGCGCCAAGUUCUUCAGCAACAAAGUGUCGCCUCUGCAUCCUUGCUUCUCUGUGAUCGACGCAGAACCGUUCUACCAUACGUGCGUACGCGGCGGAGAGGCGUGUGCGCUCGCGCAUGCGUACCUCGAGCUGUGCGCGCACCAACACGUGCCCACGCAUGUACCCGACCAUUGUAUGCAGUGCACAACUCCACAAGGGGACACGCUAGAGGAGGGCUCGUUUGUAGAACUCCAAAACCCGCCGAUGUCCGUCGACAUAGUGUUUGUAGUAGAAGCGCAGGCCUGCAACAGGAACAUGCGAAAACUGAAGAAUAUGGACCUAUUCGUGGACACUUUCGACAGCAAACUACAAGAAAACGGCUUCUCCGAUAACAGGUACGCAGUCGUGGCGUACGGUGGGCGGGGCGUGUACGCUCGCCCGCGCGCGCUCUACGUGCACAACGAACUGUUCGCGGACCCCGUAGAUAUACCGAGACACUUCGAAACUAUUAUCUUCGAGAAGGAGCAGCCUCGCAACAAGUCGUCGAGUCGCGGGCGGCGGUCGGACGCGGCGGGCGCGCUGCGGUACGCCAGCACGCUGCCGUUCCGUGCGGGCGCGCCGCGGGCGCUGCUGCUCAUGCCGUGUGACCGCUGCGGCACCGGCGACCUGGACUAUUCGACAAUAUAUCACAACCUGAUGGAGAACUCUAUAACGCUCCACAUACUGAUGAACGAGGACUUCACGCUGUCCAAGAAGAGGGUCGCUAAAUACUUGUUUGGUGUGGAUAGUUCUCUGGCGUACACGAACAAGGACUAUGAGCGGUUAGUGGGCGACAGCGCGCUGCGGAAGCAGGUCCGACUGCCCAAGGACAAACUGGGGCUGUGCACCACGCUCGCGCUGGAGACCAAUGGUACAAUAUGGGCGGGCACGCGUCUGUCGGGGGAGCGCGGGGCGGCGCGGCGGUUCGCGUCGGUAGCGGGCGCGCGCUGCGCCGCGGCGGCGGGCGGCGGAUGCGGCGCGCCGCGCUGCGAGUGUCGCGCAGGCCGACUGCACUGCCGUCCCUGUGCUGCUAGAGACCCGCUGGAGCUGUCCUAUUGGAACUCCGAGGACAUCGACGAACUUAUUGAUAUGGCGAUGGAUCCACCAAACUUGCCAAACUUCAGAUAAUAUAUUAGUAAACUAGUGUAAUUAUUGUAGCUAAUUUCCAGUCAUUUGUAGUAUAUUGCUUUCUAAUAAUGCAAUAAAUUAUUUUUGUAAA